CCAAACUAUCCUGUAAAUGGGCGACGAAACCGUCAAAAUCGUUAAGCUGUCGGAGCUUGUCGGAAGUUCUCAACCGGUCACCGGAGCAUAUUCUAUCAUUAGCAGCCCUUCCGUCUCUGUUUCGGAGUCUACUCGAAAUUUCGGAGCUCGAAACGGACCUGAUAGAGGCUCUCACCCGGGUACUGCAAUUCCCGACCCGAAAGUUCUGAAAUCCUUAAAGGCUCCAGUUCUUCUCACCGGAACCCUAACUCUCCCCCCUCACAACGACGAUUCAGCUUCUGAAUGCAAUUGCUUUCAGUUCUCUGACGGUUCAGCUACUAUCUGCUGCGACAUUCUCCAGUUUGACCUGAAGAUAAUUGGUCAAAAGAUCAGAAUAUUGGCCUGGAAUUUCAUCCCUCUUAGGCGUAAUGGUGGUUUUCUGGAGAUUAUUCGAUGGGAUUUUCUAGAGCCUUCUUCGGUCUUGAGCACGUUUUCUCUGUUUUCGGGUUCUAGUACUAAUUGUACUGAUCUUGCAAAAGCUCGGCCUUGUUUAACUGGAGCAGUAGAGUCGGUUAGCCCUGUUUCGGUUGUUCCGUGUAUAAGUUCGAGUACCGGUGAGAGUAAUGUUUCAAGGAGUCUUCGUGGAUUUCUUGCGAAAAUGCUAGUCUGUGAGUGUAAAUUGUGUAGAUGUACAUAUUCAACAAUUGAAUUGCAUAAUUCGAAAGAACAUAUACGUAAUCAUUGCUUUAACAAGGCCCUGAUUGUUUAUUUUUGCGGGCCUGCUUCAGUUUGGCAUCCAGUAAUUACUAGAUUAGUUGGAAGUAUAGUUUCUUUGUUGGGGUUGAAGAAGAAAUUGGUGUAUAUAAUGAAAGAGACAUCUCAGUUGGUGUAUGUAACAGUGGAAGAAUCUUUGAUGAGAUUGUCUUACUUGCAAGAUCAAUUUAUACAAGUCCAGAAGACUGAUAUCAGAGGGAAUGGUGAAUGUGGUAGUUAUAGUGGGAUUGUUACAGGCAUUUACAUGCAGGGAAUGAUUGUUGAGUUGGAUCAAGAAGUAAUGCUAAUGUUAACUGAUGACGAUAUCACUGUGCCUCAUGGUUUGAGAGUUGGUGCAAUUGUGUCUGUAAAAAAUGUUCACUUUGUGAAUCCGAGGUUUUCUUGGGAAAAAUUUCUUAUGCUGGGAUCUUGCGUUAAGACUAGCAUUUCUGUGAAAUCAUUCUCCUCAUUAGAAACAGUAUGCUAUACCAAGUCCCAACGUCAGAGCCUUCUGAGUAAGUUUAUUGACUCAUUGACCUUCAUUGCUAGGCUUUGGGUAUUACUUCUCAUUGCAAGUUUUAAGAGAAAGUUCAACGGGAUCUUAUCUAUGAAGGAGAUAUUGGGAUCAAAAAAUAAGGAAGGACUAGCUCAGCUUUAUGCAAGAUCACGUUUACCUGUGUCAGCAUUCUUCCCUCAGCGUGGAAUAUUUAUGGAAUUCUGCAAGCAUGAUAGAUGUGGCUGUGGAAGUGAAGUGAAUUAUUUUCAUUCUAGUUUAGUGGUACCAUUUUCUAAUUUAAUAAGUUAUUGUGAGUCUAUUUGGAUGAAAAUGUGGUCGGAUCAGGAGAGAGAUUAUGAUAUCAUGGGCUGGAAAGACCAAUGCAACUCGAUAUCUUGUGGGAGCAGAGAUCAUGUGCAGUUAAUAAGGAGAGCUGUCCACAGUGAUGAAAUAGGUAUUGCUUUGGUUGGAUGCCUAAAGAUUUCUGAAUCUUCUGGAAGGUUGCAACUAGUUGAUGCAACUGGAAGCAUUGAUGUUAUACCAGACAUUUCAUUGAAUUGGAAUGUUAACAGGUUAUACGAGGUAAAGAAAUUCACUCUCAGUAUGGAAGGCAUACCUAAAAAGAUGGAUCAUAUGAAUUUACUCCAAAAUGAACCUUUUACGUGUCGACAUAUUUUCACCAGUGGCCCAUCCAUUAGGGAGAUUAAUAUGUCUCUCCAUCUUUCCUAUAAUGUGGCAGACAAAAUAUCCAUAGAUCAUCCAGUUUCUGAUUGCAUCAAUAUGAAAGAGACCUUUCAGGAGCUUGAAAGUGGAAAGUUUCACCUGCUUUGGAUAAAGCAUAAAUUUCCCAUCCUGCAAAAGUAUCAACAUCAUCAAGGCAUUUCAAGUAAAUCAAGUGUGUUUGCUGAGGCUCUAGUUCUGCCUUGGGAUCUGCAUAUUGCUGAGAAUAACGGAGAUGCACUUUCUGCACCUUUUUCUGACCUACUGAAGGAUUCCAUGGAAUGUCUAAGCAGAAGUUUACCUCCUUGUAAAAAGGGAAAAAUUGGCCAUCCAUCAACAGGGAAAUAUUGUAAUUUUAGUUGCCUGUCAGAAGUUCCCUGUCUUGUUACUGGUAGAAGAGUCAAUUCCCAUUGCAUUGGCAGGCUGCAAUGCAAUAAUGUUGGUGUAAAGUUUGGCUGUUCUGAACAUGAAAUGAGAAAGGCAUUACUGGAGUUCAGCUUUGAAGCCUUUUCCUUUUACGAGGCCAUGAAAAUUGGUUGUUAUUACAUCAUAAAGCAUCACAAUGACGAUAUGUUAUGUACAUCAUCAGAUGGUGGUAAAGUAUUUUUGAAUUCUAGAAAUCAUAUUUGGAGCCUUUCGUUCUCAACAGAUGAGAUUCUCCAAAAUUCGAAUUCAUCAUCUAUAUUUCCACAAGGUAGUUCAAUUGUCAACGACAAUGAGGUUUCUCCUGAAGGCUAUCAUCAACAACAAAUUCCACCCUCGGAACCAAACAGCUUAAGAACUGAAAUACAUACUGAUGUUAACUUGUUUCUGUCUUCUGCCUUCAUUAGCCUCCUUGAGGAUAAAUUCAAGUUGCCAAAGGUAGGUCUGAUCGAUCCUCUUGCUUCAUCCGAAGAAGAAACUGAGAUCAAUUAUUGCAGUGGCACCACGGUUACUCCUUUAAUGCAACCCCAUGGAACAAGAUAUUCUGGCCGCCAUUUACCCAAAGGAGAUCUAAUAUCUUUAUGUGGACGAGUACAGGCUAUUCAUUAUUUAGAUGAGAAAUCACUUUCUGUACCUCUAAGGUGUGAAGUCCAUAGCGGUGCUCUUCAUUCAAUGUUCUUUGAAGAAAAAAGUUUCUGUGUCCAUCUUAUGGUGGAUCAGAAGAUGGUAAGGAUUUGUGGUGCUUCACAUAAGCAUGCUUGCCCUGCUGGAUUUGGAAAAGGUGUCACUGCAACAUUUCAUCGAAUCCUUGUGCUCAGUGGGCAGGAUAGUUUCAUGCUGAUACCUGCAUCUUUCAUCAGUGUACACUCUAGAAGUGAGAUUUAUGAUGCAUUUGAUGAUAUGAGCCAUUAUGCUCCUGCUGAUGCAGAAUCACUUAGUGUGGCUUCAUCUAGCGAUGUGCCUAAAGCUUUGAUUUAUGAAAUGAUGCAUUGCUCGAAGACUAAGCCAUUGCAGCUGCGUGGCAGGGUUGUAGCUGUUUAUGCCCUCAUCCUGGAGAACAAGGAUGCUAUCCACUCUUGGCAAAGGAUAAAGUCCAAAUCUAGCUCAUCUUUGAUUAACAUCCCACUUGCCGGGUUUGUCUUAGAUGAUGGGUCAUCUUCCUGCUGUUGCUGGGCUAACUGUGAGCGCGCAACAGCUUUUCUUGGAUUACAUUCUAAAGAGCAUUGCAAAGCAUGUGAAAAAUCCUCGUGGAGCUCAAGAAAGAGCAGAAAAGAUAAAAACUGCAGUUCGAUUGGCUGCCGUUUGAACAAAGUAAUUAAGCGCCAUGGCAGGGUUGUCGUGAAAAACCAUGGAUCAACAUCUGAUCCUUCAUUGCAGGACCUAAUGUUCGCUGUCAACUCAGAUGAAAUCAUUAGCAGCUCAGAGGAAGACUUCCUCAGGUCUCUGAUUCUAAAAGCUUGUUCCAGCACCAGUUUGAAUGUCGUCGCUAGUCUCAUGAAUUCAGAAGCGACCAAUGCACUCAAACAACAUUUGACUGGACUAGAUAUGGUGAUGCCUCAUGUGAAGAAUGUCUGGGCAUUAGGAGUUGAUCACAUAGAACCUCUUGCAGAGGCAAGAAACAUCAUUCAAGAACUUGUUGAUAAUACCUGAUUGACCAGACAAAUCUGUGCCAUAUUAGCGGCUCUGUAUAGCCUGGAGUGCUUAAGAUGUGACUGUAAAUAGCUUUUUGGUAAAACUACUGAAAGAGUGGCAAACUCUUUGCUGCUUUUUCAUUUUUGUUUACCUAUAUUAUCCAAGUUGUGCUAGGUGGUCACGUCUUUAGACUUAUAGUCAGUACACUCAAGGGUGUGUCACGAGUAAAUAUCAAGGAAAGUCGUCGAACUUGUAAUUUUGUAAUUAUAAGUUAAUAGGCGAAUCAACUUAGCUGAAGUUGUCUUACAUUAUAAAUGAUGAUUAGUACU